UGGACUUUCUUGUUUACACAAAAGAUAGACUUGUGCUAAAAAAAACAGAAUAACUUAAUCGAUUGUUUCAUCAUUGGCUGUCAGAGAGAGGCAAAACAUGGCAGAAAAGCUGUCUGAAAAUCCGAAGAGGGGUAUUCUCAAAGCGAAAGGUCAUUAUGAAGAUCCAGCAAACAAGCCUGAGGAUGGUAUAAAGUGGGACGAGAUGAACAUCCUAGCAACGUUCCAUCCUACAGACAAGGAUUACGGCCACAUGAAGAUAGACGAGCCAGACACCCCCUACAAUCGUUACACAGAUCCAGAUGGGGAUGAUGUUGAUGCAGAUCCACAGAGCGAGGAUGAAGACAGUAAAGUGUUGGAUUCAAGUUCACUUGCAAAUAGGCUAGAGACAGACACUGCGGACAGACGGUGGUGGGAGAAGCAACCUGGGGAGGAGGAUGAAGAGGAUGAUGAGGAAGAGGAAGUGAUGUCACCAGAGGCUAAAGAUCUUAAACGUAAGUUUGAAUCAAAGAGGAAACACCACUACGACGAGGCGUCGCAGAUCAAACUAGCCAAGCAACUCAUGGAGCAGGAGGAGGAGGAGUUAAGACAAGAAGAGGAGGCGGAGCAAAGGAGACUGGAGGAGGAAGAAAAACAACGGGCGGGAUUGGAAACAACGACGAGUGUUCAAGACAAGAACCAGAGCGUAAGUGACGCAACAACAGAGGGCAGUAAAGAUUCUCAUUAAUAGUUGCUACUUUGUUCUCUUUUAUGCGUAGCCACAAUCAUGGAUAGGCCUUUUGUUACAAAGACACCAAAUGAACAACAGGUUCAUAUUGAUAGAUGUCAAAUUUGCAUCGGGGAUAAAGAUUAU